GGCGGGUGGGCGGGGCCCAGUCCGGAGCAGCAUUCCGAAAGGGGCCUGCUGGGGAGCGAGCGGUGAGGGACGGAGCGGCUGCUCUUCUCCGAGGUGUGCUAAAGCAAAUCAGUAGCAAAAACUAUGUUGGUCUCAAGGAAGUUGUGUCUUCUGAUCCUUUGGAUUCUACUGCCUUCUUCUCACACUCACACAGAUUUCUUCACUUCAAUUGGUCAUAUGACAGACCUGAUUCAUACAGAGAAGGACCUGGUGACAUCACUGAAAGACUAUAUCAAGGCAGAAGAAAACAAGUUGGAACAGAUAAGGAAGUGGGCCGAGAGGUUGGAUAAGCUGACAGAUACUGCGACAAAAGACCCAGAGGGAUUCUUGGGACAUCCUGUGAAUGCAUUCAAGUUGAUGAAGCGACUGAACACAGAGUGGAAUGAGCUUGAGAAUUUGGUCUUGAAGGACAUGUCUGAUGGGUUUAUUUCCAACAUGACGAUUCAACGGCAGUUUUUCCCUAAUGAUGAAGAUCAGACUGGUGCUGGCAAAGCUCUCUUGCGACUCCAAGAUACAUAUAAUUUAGACACUGACACAAUCUCAAGGGGAAAUCUUCCAGGAGUAAAACAUAAGGCAUUUCUAACAGCUGAAGAUUGCUUUGAGUUGGGAAAGAUCGCAUACACUGAAGCAGACUAUUACCAUACUGAAUUGUGGAUGGAGCAAGCUCUGAAGCAGUUGGAUGAGGGAGAGAUUUCUUCUUCUAUCAACAAAAUUUCUGUUCUAGAUUACUUGAGUUACGCCGUGUACCAGCAGGGGGAUCUGGACAAAGCGAUGAUUCUCACCAAACGGUUACUUGAACUGGAUCCAGAGCAUCAGAGAGCAAAUGGAAAUUUGAAAUACUUUGAAUACAUCAUGGCUAAAGAAAAAGAAGCAAACAAAUCUGUUGCCGAAACAGAUGAGCAGACUGGAAAAGAAGUUAAAACUCAGAAAAGAGGGCCUCCCAAAGAUUAUCUGCCAGAAAGACAGAAGUAUGAAAUGUUGUGCCGUGGUGAAGGUCUUAAAAUGACUCCUAGAAGACAAAAGAAAUUGUUUUGCCGUUAUUAUGAUGGGAAUGGAAACCCGAAGUACAUACUAGGACCUGUCAAACAAGAGGAUGAGUGGGACCGCCCUCGGAUUGUUCGCUUUCUUGAAAUAAUCUCUGAUGAAGAAAUAGAAACUGUCAAAGAACUUUCCAAACCAAGGCUGAGCCGAGCUACUGUGCAUGACCCUCAGACUGGGAAACUGACCACAGCACAUUACAGAGUCUCUAAGAGUGCCUGGCUCUCUGGAUAUGAAAACCCUGUGGUGGCACGCAUAAAUACAAGGAUACAGGAUCUAACAGGCUUGGAUGUUUCCACAGCAGAGGAGCUCCAGGUAGCCAACUACGGAGUAGGAGGCCAGUACGAGCCUCAUUUUGAUUUUGGAAGGAAGGAUGAACCAGAUGCCUUUAAAGAGCUGGGUACAGGCAAUAGAAUUGCUACGUGGCUAUUCUAUAUGAGUGAUGUGGCAGCAGGAGGAGCAACCGUAUUCCCUGAAGUCGGAGCUAGUGUUUGGCCAAAGAAGGCUUUGACGCAACAGUCCUGGGGCUUAUGAAAUAUAAGAGAAAAGAGUCUUAAUGAGCCCUAGAAUUUUCAUAUUAAAGGAUUUGGGACUGUCAUCACUUUUAAUAAAAUUGAAAGUGAACUAAUGCCAGCUGUUUAAACUGGGAUGAGAGGAAUGUAGUCAGAAUGUGCAAACCAUUUUGUUUCGAACCAUUUCAUGGGUGAAAUUUCAUCAGCCUUUUAUUUUGAGUUGCUUUGAGCAUUUUGUGCUUGAGAUGGAUCCUUUUGUGAAAAUUCACACUUGAAAUCAUUUGAAAUGAGAUACAGGUAGUCCUUGCUUAACAACCAUUUGUUCAGUGACUGUUGGAUGUUAUGGUGGCACUGAAUGAAUGGUAGUUAUGCCCAGUCCCCAAAAUUAUGGCCGUUGCAGUACCCCCACGGUCACAUAAUUAAAAUUCGGGCAUUUGGCAGCCCACCCACAUUUAUGACUGCAAGGGCACUUCAACUCCCCCAUCCGCCUAUCUCCCCCCCAUCUCUGCUGUGACUGCCCUGCACUCCAUCACCUCUGUCAGCCCUGCUGCCCUGUGCUCUGAUUCCAAAGCUUCAUAAGAAAGCCAUGCACAAUUUGGACAAAGUUGCACGUGUCCUUGGGAAGAAGGCCUGGCAUGGCCAGCAGCUGCCUCAAGAAGGGCCAUGCUGGGUGCGCCUUGUCGGCAGCAGGAGGAAGAAGAUAGUGAAGGUCAGCAGGGGAUAGCAGGGCUGGCAGAGGCAGCCUAGUGCAGGGUGGCCAAAAGGGCAGAGAUGCGGGGGGAGAUAGGCAGGUGGAGGGAGUUGAA